CUUAAAUAUGUCUUGGUCGAUUUCCAACUUUCCCCUCCUGCCUGUGCAAGCAUUAGAGGAAAAGGACGCCAUAUAACCCCUGACAUUAGCGCCUAUUGCCAUUCCCAAUAUGAUCUACAAACAAUCCCCCCAGCAGAUGCCCAGCGGCCUCAUAAAACCCCGCCUCAUCAUCCACGGCGGCGCCGGCAACGUCCGCGCCGACCGUAUAUCCCCCGAGAAAUAUGCAGCCUACCGGCAUGCCCUGCUGUCCAUCGUCUCGCAAACAAGCACAUACAUGACCACACCUUCCUCGAGCCCCAAAUCUGCUUCUAAACUCCCCUCGGCCCUGGACACGGCAACCUACGCCGUGACCCUGCUGGAAAACAACCCGCUCUUCAACAGCGGCCACGGCGCCGUCUUCACCCGCGAUGGCAUCAACGAGCUCGAGGCCAGCGUCAUGGUGUCGCGCGGUUAUGCGAAGCGCGGUGUGGGCGUCAUGGGAUUGCGCAGGAUAAAGAACCCUAUCCUUCUAGCUAAGACGAUGCUAGAGCGCGGAGACGAGGAUCUCUGGGGUAACUCGCAUCCGUCAACUGCAGGAGCGAAUGAUGGCAGUGGGCUUUUGGACAUCCCCUCGGCGCAAGGGCAUACCCAGCUGCAUGGCCCGACGGCGGAGCAGCUGGCUGUGCAGUAUGGGUUCGAGCUCGUGGAUCCGGCGUAUUUCUUUACGCAGACGAGGUGGGAUGAACAUGUGCAUGCGCUGGAGCGGGAGAAGGAAGGGAAGGGGUUCCUCGCUACUUGGCAUCCGGAGGAGUACCUCCCGCAAGGGACGGUUGGUGCUGUAGCUUUGGAUGAGAAUGGUGUGGUGUGCGCUGCUACGAGCACCGGCGGGCUGACAAAUAAGCUCACGGGGAGGAUAGGGGACACGCCUACGAUGGGUGCUGGUUUCUGGGCCGAGGAAUGGGAGGAGCGAGGUGAUCCAUCCAAGAAGAGCGUAGGGCCCACGAGAAAUGGCUGGGAUGGAUGGCGGACUUACCUUGGACUGACUGGUCCAGUCGUUGAGCUGAGUUCUAGCUUGAAAGCUGCGCUUGCGGAUUGUCUGCCGAAUCCUUUAUUGUACUCGCCAGUUCCUCAAAAUCCAACAAGGGCGGUCAAGACGAUCCGGUCCAUGGCUGUCUCUGGGACCGGUAAUGGGGAUUCGUUUCUUCGCACGGCGGCAGUGAAGACUGUAGCAGCCAUUGCCCGGUACGGGGUUAUGCCAACAUCGGAGGCGUUACAUCAGGUAACUGGUGAUGGUGGCGAGUUGCAAAAGAGCGCUGGAGACCGAUGGGGCCAGACGGGAGAAGGCGAAGGAGGCAUGAUUGGGAUUGAAUGCGUGAUUGUGCGAGAUGAGAAGACGGGCGAUAUUCUAGAAACUAGAGGGGAGGUGUUGCAGGAUUACAAUAGCGCGGGAAUGUGGAGAGCGUGGAUAGAUGAAGCAGGCAAUGCGAACAUGCUGGCUUGGGACGGGAAGAAGGACAAAGAGAAGAUAGAGGGGGGAAAUCCAUUACACUGAGAAGUGAGCAAGAAAUAGAACAAGCUCG